CCUUACAUACAUCUGUUAGUCAUAGAGAGAUUGAGAGGCAAAGGAGGAAAGAAAUGGCUACCCUUUAUUCCUCUCUUAGAUCCCUUCUUCCUCUUCAGUUCAUCAAGGGAAAGCGUUCAAUAUCUGACCACAUGAACGAGGCAGUGAAUUACAUAAAGUACAUGCAAAAUAACAUCAAGGAACUUGGUGCUAAAAGAGAUGAACUGAAGAAGAAGAAGAAGCUCUCAAAUUAUUACCACCACCAUGAUAACAAUGAUAAACCUACAUCUAGCACUAACAGAUACUUCACUCUCCAUGAGAGUGAUAAUGGUGUUCUCGGAAUUGAAAUCACCGGUGGCGCCGCCGCCGCCGGAGAAGAAGAAGGUGUCACACUAUCAGAGAUUCUGGGGCUACUGGUUGAAGAAGAAGGACUUGAAGUUCUUAGUUACCUUUCUAGCAAAGUCAAUGGAAGAUUGGUCCACAGUGUUCAGUGUGAGGUAGUCAAUUCCAACAGUGUAGAUCUAUUUGAGCUGAGAAGGAAACUUGCAAGUUUAAUUCAAUGAUUGUUUCCAUGAUCAUCACCAUUUGGAUUAUGUUCUCUGAUUAAUUAACUUUAAUUUGUGGUUGCAUUAUUGGAGCUAGCUAGCUAGGCUCACAAUUUAAUUUGGCUAAUGUUAGGAAUGA